UACUUGCUUACUUCUUAUAGGUCGUAUUGUAGUUGGUUGAAAUAUUUAGUUGUAUUCGUUUGUAUCGUACUAGACUCUUAGACGAUAUUCAUGUUUUUUUUUUUUUAAUUCUUUUCUAUGCUCACUUAAACUGAUAAAAAAGAUUCCCGUGCCGAACGAGUAAUGUAAUAAUAAAGAAUUGCUGAAAGUAGACCAUGGCGAGUGACAACUCAUAUGAAAGUACAACGAGCGCUUUCAAAUAGACUGUUUUUAAUUCAACUAUUAAACAUAACAAUGGAAAUAAUAGACGUCGAGGAAUGUCAGCCUGACCCGAACGCCGUUGCAAGAAAGAAGGGUUUAUGGGCAAAAAUCAACAAUAGGACAACGUACAGUUAUUUAUUUAAUAUUGUUGUAUCAAUUUUGUUGCUCACAUGUUUAGUACUGGUGCUGUACUUCUUCAAGGAGUAUUUGAACACUAUCUUAUUAUGGGUGGACGCUCAAGACCCGUGGAUAAUAUUUUUAUUGUGUCUAGGACUAUUUUUGCUAGUGAGUUUUCCAGUGACUAUCGGAUACUUAGUGUUAAUUAUUACAAGUGGUUAUUUAUUUGGUAUUAUCAAAGGAUUGGGUACCGUUGUGGCGAGUGCUAACUUCGGUGUGGCGGUGGCGCAUUACACUCUUAGAGCUUUGCGCCAGUACCUACCCCUGGACUGGCUCCUCAACAAUGAAACAGCCAGAGCUCUUCUCAAAGUGAUCUCUGGUCCUCAAGCCUUCAAGAUAGUUUUCUUUGCAAGACUCACUCCAAUACCUUUUGGGUUGCAGAAUACAAUUUUUGCUGUAAGCGACAUCCGAGGCUGUGGAUACCAUAUAGCGACGAUGCUGGGCCUCCUGCCCGCUCAGGUCAUCAACGUGUACCUGGGCUCCACGCUGCGUUCUAUGAACGAUGUACUGCACGAGUCACAUCUCACAGGGUACAUAGUUUUCGCUUUCCAGAUACUAAUCGGCAUAACCCUCAUGGUGUGGGUUGUGCAGAAGGCCCGCAAGGAGCUCACGAUCGCAAUAAUGGCGGCGGAAAUGAGCCGCGAAGCAAUAUCUACCUCAAGCAGCUCCUCCAUCAGCUAGCCGACAGCCAGGGCUUCCACCGAUGUGGACAGUGUCUCCGAUGAACGGUCGAGCUAGGGUUUGAUCGAUGGGUGUUUUGGACACGCCACCGACGCCCGCGAAGAUGAAACCUACGUGUGAAUUUGAAGGGUUACAACCAUGUGAUAUUAUGUUAAUCGCCAUUUUACCUCCGAGAGGGUUGGUCGAGAGUCGCGAAGAGA